AUGUGGACUAUCACACAAUCUCAAAAAGAAUCAAUGGAACAAUGGGUAAAGAAGCGUGCUGAAGAGAAAGAGAAAGAAAAAGAAAAAGAAAAACGAGUUAAGGAAGAGAUGGAGAAUAAGAAGAACAAGGAACUGCCGGAGAGACAGACGGGACAACAACUAGGGCGUCCGACGAAGCGACAAGAAGAAAAAGAGAGAUCAAAAGGUUUUACAGAGGUUGAUAAGGGUAAAGAGUAUAAUAAACGUUUAGAAGAUAAGAUGAAGAGAAUGAAAGAAGGGAAAGCAUAUAAAGAAUGGAUUAAGAACGCUUAG